GGGCCUGGGCCACGUGAUUUAGUUCCGGCUUGCCAAAGAUGGCGGCGCCCAGAGCGGCGGCGUGAGAGUUGGCAGAGGCAGACGCGGUUGAGUCGUGCUGGGAUCCCGGGAGGACCGUGCAAGCAUGUCGCGGCUGAUCGUGAAGAACCUCCCGAACGGGAUGAAGGAGGAGCGGUUCCGGCAGCUGUUCGAGGCUUUCGGCACGCUGACCGACUGCAGCCUCAAGUUCACCAAAGACGGCAAGUUCCGCAAGUUCGGCUUCAUUGGCUUCAAAUCCGAGGACGAGGCCCGGACGGCCCUGAACCACUUCAACAAGAGCUUUAUCGACACCUCCCGGGUCGCGGUGGAGUUCUGCAAGUCCUUUGGGGACCCGACGAAGCCCCGAGCCUGGAGCAAGCACACCCAGAAACCAAGCCAAGACAAGCUGCCUUCCCAGGAGCCGGCUCCCGCAGAAGCUAAGAGGGACAAGAAGACAAAAGCCCCGAGUGGGCUGGGGAAGCUGAAGGAAGAUGCCGAGUUCCAGGAGUUCCUGUCAGUUCACCAGCGGCGGGCGCAGGCAGCCACGUGGGCCAACGACGCGCUGGGCGCGGAGCCCCUGAGAGCGCAGCGCAAGGCGGCCGAUGACUACUUGAACUUCGACUCGGACUCAGGGCAGGAGAGUGAGGAGGACGGAGCCGGGGCGGACGUGGAAGAGGAGGAAGGUCCAGAGCCCAAGGCAGCUGCCCGCAAGGAGCUGUCGGACAUGGACUACCUGAAAUCCAAGGUGGUGAGGGCCGGCUCUGCCUCUUCUUCCUCUUCGGAGGAGGAGGAGAGUGAGGAUGAAGCAGUCAACUGUGAUGGAGGGAGUGAGCCUGAGGAAGAGGACCCCCCCACCGCUGCCACCCCCCAGGGAAGAGAGAGCGGGGGCGCCGGCCAGGAGCCAGGGGCCCAGCCUGGGCAUCGGCGAGCCCCGGAGGCCAGAGCCCAGGUGUGUGCGGGUCAGGGCACUGUGGUGGCGGGGCGGGGUGGGGGGCUGGCUGUGCUGACCUGGGCUCAGUGUCCCAGAGGAGUGCUAACCCAGGGUGGGGCAGAAGGGCUCAGUGUCACAGAGAGAUGUGCUGACCCAGGACAGAGGCGGGGAGCCCCCAGGGACAGAAGAGGUGGGAUGCCAGGGGCUUUUGCUGCCUGGGGAAUUGGUAUCAUUAAAGGCUUUGGCCGGAAGGAAUUAGAGGUCAGAAAGGCUGAUAAUAUAAUCUCAAGGAACUGCCAAGGUCAGGAGAAAAACGUUUUGGAAUUCCUGGCACCCCUGAAACCUGUGGCCAUUCGCAUAGUGAGAAACGCUCACGGGAACAAAACAGGGUACGUCUUCGUGGAUUUCAGCAGCGAAGAAGAGGUGAAGAAAGCCCUGAAAUGCAACAGGGAGUACAUGGGCGGCCGCUACAUCGAGGUGUUCAGAGAAAAGCCCGUCCCUGCAACAAAGGGGCCACAGAAGAGCAGCACCCGGCCCUGGCAGGGCCGCACGCUCGGGGAGAACGAGGAGGAGGAGGACCUGGCCGACUCCGGCAGGCUGUUUGUGCGAAACCUGCCCUACACCAGCACCGAAGAGGACCUGGAGAAGCUCUUCUCCAAAUACGGGCCCCUGUCGGAGCUGCACUACCCCAUCGACAGCCUGACCAAGAAGCCCAAGGGCUUUGCCUUCGUCACCUUCAUGAUGCCCGAGCACGCGGUGAAGGCCUACGCGGGAGUGGACGGGCAGGUGUUCCAGGGCAGGAUGCUCCACGUGUUGCCAUCCACCAUUAAGAAGGAAGCCAGCGAGGAGGCUGAUGCCCCGGGGUCGUCGUCUUACAAGAAGAAGAAGGAGUCCAAGGACAAGGCCAACAGCUCCAGCUCUCACAACUGGAACACGCUAUUCAUGGGGCCAAACGCCGUGGCCGACGCUAUCGCACAGAAGUACAACGCCACCAAGAGCCAAGUGUUCGACCAUGAGACCAAGGGCAGCGUGGCCGUGCGCGUGGCCCUCGGGGAGACCCAGCUGGUGCAGGAAGUGCGGCGCUUCCUCCUGGACAAUGGCGUCAGCCUGGACUCCUUCAGCCAGGCUGCAGGCGAGCGGAGCAAGACGGUGAUCCUGGCCAAGAACCUCCCGGCGGGCACCCUGGCGGCCGAGCUGCAAGAGACCUUCGGCCGUUUCGGCAGCCUGGGCCGCGUGUUGCUGCCCGAAGGCGGCGUCACAGCCAUCGUGGAGUUCCUGGAGCCCCUGGAAGCCCGCAAGGCCUUCAGACAUCUGGCCUAUUCCAAGUUCCACCACGUCCCCCUGUACCUGGAGUGGGCCCCGGUCGGCGUCUUCUCCGGUGCAGCUCCACAGAAGAAAGGGCGCCGAGACGCACCCGCGGAACCUGCAGCAGAGGACGCGGUGGAGCCGGAAGCCGUGCCGGACAGCGAGAGCCCAGAAGGUGAACAGCCAUCAGAGGGAGGAGCAGAUGGCCCGUCAGCCGAGAUGGAGGAGGAAGAGGAGGAGGAGGAGGAGGAGGAGGAGAGCCUCCCAGGGUGCACUGUGUUUAUUAAGAAUCUCAACUUCAGCACAACAGAGGAGACGUUGAAGGAGGUGUUUUCCAAAGUGGGAAUGGUGAGGAGCUGCUCCGUCUCCAGGAAGAAGAGCAAAACAGGAGAGCUGCUUUCCAUGGGCUUUGGGUUUGUGGAGUACCGGAAGCCGGAGCAGGCCGACAGAGCCCUCAAGCAGCUUCAGGGUCACGUCGUGGAUGGCCACAAACUGGAAGUGCGGAUCUCAGAACGGGCCACUAGGCCAGCCCUGACCUCGGCUCGGAAGAAGCAGGUUCCCAGGAAGCAGACGACGUCCAAGAUCCUGGUGCGGAACAUCCCCUUCCAGGCUGACAGCCGGGAGAUCCGCGAGCUCUUCAGCACCUUCGGGGAGCUGAAGACUGUCCGCUUGCCCAAGAAGAUGACCGGGACAGGCACGCACCGAGGCUUCGGCUUCGUGGACUUCCUCACCAAGCAGGACGCCAAGAGAGCCUUCAACGCCUUGUGCCACAGCACCCACCUGUACGGCCGCCGGCUGGUCCUCGAGUGGGCCGACUCCGAGGUGACCCUGCAGGCCCUGCGGCGGAAGACAGCUGAGCACUUCCACGAGCCCCCGCAGAAGAAGCGGUCUGUGGUGUUGGAUGAGAUCCUGGCGCAGCUGGGAGACAGCGGCAGCGACGGCGAGGAGCCAGCCCUUCCACUGUGAGCUGCAGCGCCAGGGGCUGCUGAGCCGGCCCCUCCCGCGUCUGUCCAGGGAUGUGCAGGGCGUGGCUGCUGUCGGCCGCUGUCCCGCGCCGCCCUCCACACUCGCCCGAGGAGGCCUCCACGCCCAGACGCCAGUCCCAGCACAGGUGGGGGCCCCGUGAAGAGCAUCGAGGGCUCGACCCAGGCCGGGAGCGCCCACCUCAUCCCGGGCAGGACCUGGACGGGCCCCGGCCGGAUGGCAAGCGGUGGACGAGAAGCAGUCGGAGUCACGACCUGUGUGCCCUUGACCUGAACCCAGGACCCCGGCCGUGUGGUCUCCGAUGUUCUUCCCGUAAACUGUAGACGGCCCUGCAUUAAACGGUCCACACCAGGACCCGGAGAAGGUGCCGCUCUGACUUCCUUCUCCUGCUCAGCUGGGAGCUCUCGGGGAGCCUCGGACUUUGCCCACAGCUUGGCCGGGCGUUGUCCUGGGGACACCAGUUCUAACCUUCACUCGGUUUCCAGAGUGCCCUAGGCCCCAGGCGCAGCCCCGGUGUGGGCAGCCGGGUGAGGCUCACCCGGGGAAUGCACACAAGCCACAGUCCCGGGUGCCUCGCUCCCCACCUUCCUCCACCCGCCCCAGCCCCGGGAGCACGAGCGAGGGGCCUCACCUCCACGGCCUCGAGCUCCUCGUGUUUAACAUGGACUGGGGGAGACAGCGUCCCAGGACCAGAGAGCUGGCGGCACCGUCCAAGGUCACGCAGCGUGGAGCUGACGCCCGCUCAUCCGACCCCAGGUCGCCCGUCCUGCUCUGCGGCUUCCGUGUGCAGUGAGACAGCGAGGAGGCCAGGAAGCGCCAGAGCUGGGCAAAGUCAGCCUCGGCAGUGAGGAGCCAGGCAGCACGUCCAGCCUGACCUCUGCCCCUGUCUUGGGCUCACCCUGCCUGGAAGUGGGGCUGCAGGAGGUAGACCAGUAAACCAGAGCGAGCAGCAGCUUCGGGCCUCGUCCAUGGGGUGCUCCACCCUCGCUCCCACCCUGCCCCUCCCGCCCCAGGGGCACACGUUCUCCGUGGGCCGGCCUGACCCACAGACUUCGUCCAGAGCCCUCCAGGGCCUUCCUGUGCCCCUCUCCUCGCCAGUGCCAGGGCCCUCCCGGCCCCCCGCCUGCUGCCGCCUCACUGCACCCUGGCCUCCCACCCCAGGGCCUCUGCUCCUGCUCUUCCCACUCCCCAGGUCCCCUCCCCACAUCUCUCCUGGUUGGCUCCUGUGUUUGUCCACUGAGAUCUUAGUUUGGAUUCCACUUCCUCCCUGGGAGAGACAGGAGACAGCCUGCAUCCAGUGUGUCUGCAGCGGUCCCCUCGGCUCCUCCCCACACCCAGUGCUGGCUCCCUGGCCCUCGUCCCCUAGUCCUGUCCCCCGCCCCAGGCUUUUCUCAAUAAACAGCACAGACGGGACUGCUGCCCGGCGGACCGCUACGGCAACAGCACUGUCAUUGUCGUCAUCAGACACCACCGUGCGGCGCUCCCCCAGCAAACGCCCAAGGAGCUGGCAGUUGCCUGUCACCCACCCCCUCCGCGCCCAGGGACAGAGGUCAGCCCGAGGUGUUGAGACCACGAGCCACUGCCCUCAUGUUCCUGGUGCAUCCCCCGCAUCGCGCCUCCGCGGCCUGGUGGCAGAAUUGUCUGUGACUCGGGGCCGGGGGCAGUGCUGUGUGGCCAGCCCUCAGGUGUGUGCAAAGCAGGGGCCGGGCCCGGGCUGUGAGUGCAGGCCGGUUCACUUCCGGCCUGGAAGCGCACCCUGGCGUCGUGCAGCUGCCUGGCACCCCGGCCAGGGCUGGAGUGAGCCUGCGUCCAUGUGGAGGCCACCCUGCCACUCAGCAGGUCCACGGAGACCCCACCCUCCUGCAUUCCUCAGACACCGGCACCCCGACUCAAGGACAGAGACCCGGGUCCCCCACACAGGCCUCCCCGGGCAGCCCUGGCUGGGUGGACACAGGACGGGACCCACGCGCCGGGCGUGGCCUCCCUGCCUCGGGCGGCAGGCGUCUGGGAGGGGAUUAGCCGGGCCGGGCUUGCUUUUCGACGUCUAAUUCAAUUUGUUCUGCUCAGAGUGAAAUGCGAAAUGGUUGCCAGUCAAACGUUCAAAGGACCGGGAAGGGAGCGGGAGCGGGAGCGCCUGCUGAAAUUUAAAUUUUAAUGAAAAUGACUUUAACCCUUUGCUGCACCUGGCAGAGACAGUGCACGCGCAUGCACACGCACACGCACACGCACACGCGUGCCUUCCGUGACCAAAGCCUUCCCGCUCGGCCCCGCUGAUAAAGCGGCAUCAUUCUCCCAGCAGCAGGACGCAUCUGCCCACUGCGGGCGCCUUCCUGCGGGUGGCCCAGCCUUGCCCAGCCCGGACGAGGCUCCCGCGUGCCCGCGCGCCUCCGUACCCCCCCCCCCCCGGCUGCCCUAGGUGCUUGUCCGUGCUGUGGUCUCAGGCGCCCUUGCUCUGAUCCUGCGCUCCACAAGGGCCGGGCCCACGCCUGCUUUGUGCACCCAGCCUGUAGUAGGUGCUCGCGGAACCCAGCUCCGGCUUUCUCCCCCGAGCAGCUGUAGGAGGUGGGAUUAUGGGAUAUGGAACAGCAGAGCCUCAGCUGGAGGCGUUCCCAAGAUAACCCGGCACGGAGGACUGGCACCGGCCCCGUCUGCCAGGAGGAGCGGGCAGGGGGCCAUGUGCAGGCCCAGACGUGCCGCAGGGGGUGGGGAGAGGGGCCGAAGCUGAUGCAGUAGCCAGGAGAGGCGGCAGUGCCUUGGAGCAGGGAGGUGUCCAGGGCGGCCAAGUGGAUGUGCUUAAGGUCUGGCCACGGGGUGUGCACAGCCAGGGGGAAGGGGGAAGCGAGUGUUAGCAUAUCCGGAACCCGGCCAACCACAGGGGGAGCUGUGCCGCCCGCAGCCAGGGCAGGGCCAGGCCAUCUCCCUCAUGGGUGGCAGCAGCCCAAGCGCUUGAGCCAUCAUCUUCUGCCUUCCAGAACACGUUAGCAGGAACCUGGGCCCGAAGCAGAGGUGCUGGGGUCCAAGCAGCCCCUUAACCCAGACCUCCGGGGCUGGAGGUGACAGGUGGCCGUCUGCAGAGGUGUCUGGGGCAGGAGUGGGGCUGAGCGGAAGGCAUGAUGGGAAAUCGCCCCUUUUAGGGGCUAUGAGAGGCAGCGUGGAGAACGCACAGCCCUUUGUUGGCAGUCAGGACACCCCAGCAAGCUCAGAUCAUGUUCAUUUUGAAGGCUUUUUAUUUUUUUUUUUUAUAGGCAGAGUGGACAGUGAGAGAGAGAGAGAGAGAGACAGAGAGAAAGGUCUUCCUUUGCUGUUGGUUCACCCUCCAAUGGCCACCACGGCUGGCGUGCUGCGGCCAGCACACCGUGCUGAUCCGAAGGCAGGAGCCAGGUGCUUCUGGUCUCCCAUGGGGUGCAGGGCCCAAGCACUUGGGCCAUCCUCCACUGGAAGGCUCUUCUAGAUGGUUCUAACUCCGCCUCCGCUGCUUUGUCCAAAGCCGGAGUGCCAGGGUUCCCAGCUCUCCCUUCCCUCAGCACUAAAACUCCCAGGCAGAGCGUCGACCUCAGGGGUACCACAAAUCUGUAGCCAGCUGUAGUCGGCUUCUCCAGGCUCCGUAGGGGUGUGGCCAGUUACUCUGAAGAAAGCUUAAGACCACGAACGCAACACAGCAGAAGCCGUGGGAAAGGGCGUGAGUGAUGGGUCGGGGUUGGCCGACUCCGGUGCCUGGGCCACACCCGGCUGCUGCCUGUUUUUGUAAAUAAAGUUUUAUUGAGACCUGCUGUACCCACUGA